CCAGCAGCGGUAGCUCGGGUCAGUUCAGUCAGCAGUCAUCCACGCAUCUAUCUAUAUUCCCUUUUCUUAAAUUAGCCACUUUAAGCUUCGCGAUACCGCCCCCAAUUUCAGCGUCGGUACGGAGCCGCCAGGCCGGGACAGAGACGGAGAGAGAGGCCUCGGCCAUGGAAGCGCUCGGACCCGGCCCGCCCGCCCCUCCCUCUCUGUUUCAGCCUCCGCGGCGUCCCGGCCUCGGCACAGUGGGGAAACCCAUCCGGCUCCUGGCCAACCAUUUCCAGGUGCAGAUUCCCAAGAUUGAUGUCUAUCACUAUGAUAUCGACAUCAAGCCUGAGAAACGGCCUCGGAGGGUCAACAGGGAGGUGGUUGACACCAUGGUGCGGCACUUCAAGAUGCAGAUCUUUGGAGACCGACAGCCUGGCUACGACGGGAAGAGGAACAUGUACACAGCACAUCCACUGCCAAUUGGGAGAGAUAGGGUGGAUUUGGAGGUGACCCUGCCUGGUGAGGGGAAAGAUCAGACGUUCAAGGUGUCUUUGCAGUGGGUGUCUGUGGUCAGUCUUCAGAUGCUGCUGGAAGCCCUGUCGGGUCACCUUAACGAGGUCCCCGAAGAUUCGGUUCAGGCUCUGGAUGUCAUCACACGGCAUCUGCCUUCCAUGAGGUAUACUCCUGUGGGGCGUUCGUUUUUCUCCCCUCCGGAGGGCUACUAUCAUCCUCUGGGUGGAGGAAGGGAGGUGUGGUUUGGUUUCCAUCAGUCUGUCCGUCCUGCCAUGUGGAACAUGAUGCUCAACAUCGACGUGUCAGCCACAGCUUUCUACCGCGCUCAGCCUGUGAUUGAGUUCAUGUGCGAGGUGCUAGAUAUACAGAACAUCAACGAACAGACCAAGCCACUGACUGACUCGCAGCGUGUCAAAUUCACCAAGGAAAUAAGAGGCUUGAAGGUUGAGGUCACACACUGUGGUCAAAUGAAGAGGAAGUACCGUGUGUGCAAUGUGACACGACGACCCGCUAGCCACCAAACGUUCCCCUUACAACUUGAGAACGGCCAAGCCAUGGAGUGCACAGUAGCUCAGUAUUUCAAGCAGAAGUACAAUCUGCAGCUCAAAUAUCCACAUUUACCCUGCCUGCAAGUAGGGCAGGAACAGAAGCACACCUACCUUCCCCUGGAGGUCUGUAACAUAGUAGCAGGCCAGCGCUGUAUCAAGAAACUGACGGACAACCAGACAUCCACCAUGAUCAAAGCUACAGCUCGCUCAGCCCCCGACAGACAGGAAGAGAUCAGCAGACUGGUCAAAAGUAACAGCAUGGUUGGGGGCCCGGACCCUUACCUGAAGGAAUUUGGCAUUGUGGUACACAAUGACAUGACAGAAGUGACAGGGCGUGUUCUCCCAGCGCCCAUGCUGCAGUAUGGGGGCCGAGUCAGUACAGACACAGGGCGGGACUGUGGCAGGGGACUAUCUCCGCAGAAUAAAACCGUGGCCACGCCCAACCAGGGCGUGUGGGACAUGAGGGGUAAGCAGUUCUACGCGGGCAUCGAGAUCAAGGUCUGGGCUGUGGCCUGCUUCGCUCCACAGAAACAGUGCCGGGAGGACCUGCUCAAGAGCUUCACUGACCAGCUGCGAAAGAUCUCUAAGGAUGCUGGGAUGCCCAUUCAAGGCCAGCCAUGUUUCUGUAAAUACGCCCAAGGAGCUGACAGCGUGGAGCCCAUGUUCAAACACCUCAAGAUGUCUUACGUAGGUCUGCAGCUGAUUGUGGUCAUCCUGCCUGGCAAAACACCAGUCUAUGCUGAAGUAAAGCGGGUGGGUGACACUCUCCUUGGCAUGGCAACUCAGUGUGUGCAGGUGAAGAACGUAGUGAAGACGUCCCCCCAGACCCUCUCCAACUUGUGCCUCAAGAUCAACGCCAAGCUGGGAGGCAUCAACAACGUCCUGGUGCCUCAUCAGAGGCCCUCGGUGUUCCAGCAGCCUGUCAUCUUCCUGGGUGCGGAUGUCACACAUCCUCCAGCAGGCGAUGGGAAAAAGCCGUCCAUCGCGGCGGUUGUGGGCAGCAUGGACGGCCACCCCAGCCGAUACUGCGCCACGGUGCGAGUCCAGACGUCUAGACAAGACAUUUCCCAGUGCCCUACUCCCCCUCCUCCGUCUCAUCAGGAGCAGCUCUUCAGUCAAGAGGUAAUCCAAGACUUGACCAACAUGGUGCGAGAGCUGCUUAUCCAGUUCUACAAGUCCACACGCUUCAAGCCCACACGAAUCAUCUAUUAUCGUGGCGGUGUGUCUGAGGGACAAAUGAAACAGGUGGCGUGGCCGGAGCUGAUAGCCAUCAGGAAGGCCUGUAUCAGUCUGGAGGAGGAUUACAGGCCGGGCAUUACCUACAUUGUGGUUCAGAAACGUCACCACACUCGUCUCUUCUGCUCUGACAAAGCUGAGAGGGUUGGGAAGAGCGGUAACGUCCCAGCAGGAACCACUGUGGACAGCACCAUCACACACCCGUCUGAGUUUGACUUCUACCUGUGCAGCCAUGCUGGAAUUCAGGGCACCAGUCGUCCCUCCCACUACCACGUCCUGUGGGAUGACAACUGUUUCACUGCCGAUGAACUGCAGCUCCUCACCUACCAGCUGUGCCACACCUAUGUCCGCUGCACACGCUCCGUCUCUAUCCCAGCACCGGCCUACUACGCCCGGCUAGUGGCUUUCCGAGCCCGCUAUCACCUGGUGGACAAAGAUCAUGACAGUGCUGAAGGAAGCCACGUGUCGGGCCAGAGUAACGGGCGGGACCCCCAGGCGUUGGCCAAGGCAGUUCAGAUCCACUAUGAUACCCAGCACACCAUGUACUUCGCCUGAGCUAAAGAGCACGUCAGCCGGUCCACCCGCGGAUUCCUUUUCUUCUUCUACUGUCUUUUUAUCUUUCAUUUGCCAGUCUCUCUUUUCCUCUCCCACAUAUCUUUCUCUCCCUUUUGUAAUCUGUCUCUUUCUCUUCACAAUCACUCUACAAUUUCUGAAUCUGCACCCAAGCGGCUCUCGGACAGGGGAAUCUGCUGUGUCUCAAUGUCCAGCAGGUUUUUUUAUUUCAAGGAACAAUCUCCAACCAGCGUUCCAAUCGAGCCGCCUCUCAAACCAGCAAUCCAGCACUGUAAACCCUGAGGGUUUCCAAUGCACAAAAGGAAAAAAACGAAAAAACAAAAACAAACCAUACAUACACAUACUACAAGUUGAGCCAUUAUUUUUGAGUUUGUUUUUGUUUUUUCUAUUUGAAUGUCUGCACUCUUGUGUUUUGUAAGAUACACUGAGCAAGUGAGUGGACUGGCACAAUGUGUGUCAGCACAGCUCUUAGCUCUCCCAGCUAAGCAGGACUCUUAUCUACUUUUACCUCAAAGCCCCUUUGGGCAAAAUCUGUCACAAGGUCUUGGGUUUAUUGGGUGGUUGGGAGGGAACUCUACAUGAAAAGAGAUGGAGGGGAGUCGACCUUUUGAGAAUGAUGGAUAUAUAUAUAUAUAUUUUUUUUUUUCCUUUUAUGAGCGUGCGUUUUAACUUUUUCUCCUUUUACGGUCUUUAACAAGCGAGGUGACUUGGGUGUCCAUGCCCAUUACUAUUUUCCUCCCGUCUUAUAGCGAAGAUUACACAAGUCUGUAUGUGUCUAAGUGUGUGUGUGUGUGUGUGUGUGUGUGUGUGUGUGCAUCUCUGUAUAUACAUGUACUGCUGUAUGAGUGUGUGUUUUGUGUGCAUGUGUGUUUCAUGGCAGGCCACUGAAUUGUAAAGGGAAAUCAAGGAGAUAACUGCUGUAAAUGCCUCAGAUUUGUUUUUAUAUUCACACAUACAGUACAUAUAAGCAUAUAUUUACAUCUAUAGAGCAACUUUGAGACAUAUGACUUAAACAAGCCUCCUAGAGGCUGGUGUGGGUAUUUGUAGCAGUCCUGGGUCACUUAUUAAUUGAAAUGCUUUGAGUUACAUUUUGAACGUGUGUGUUAGCCUCCUGCUAGUGCAUGACGGGUGGGAUUUGCACCUUUAGGAGCCAGUUGCUCCUUGUGACUCAAAUCAUCAUUGAAUUCCAUAAAAAAGCAACUUAAUCCAUUUCAAGUAGUAAAUGAAGUCAGGUCUGACUGUAGCAGUGGUAACCGUGGUCAGGCCUGUGACUGGCUCAGCAUUGGGACCUGUUGAAUGGCUGAAGGCAUUACACACAGGGUAUGGUCUUUAUCAGCUUGCUGUCUGUGUGAAAAGCAGGAUCUUAUUUUUCUUUGGACCUGAUUAUCUGAAAGAUUAUAUGAUGACACUGCUGGACGUAGUUCAAUUUUCUUUACUUUUUUUUUUUUUUUAAUUAGUUUUAAGGGCAGGAAACUAACGUAUUGUUUUUUGUUUGUUUUUUGAAGUCUCCUUUGCUAAUAUUGGCCAAUUCAUUGCACUGACCCGGGACGCUAGGCAAGCAACAGAGGGCACUCUCUUACCUUUAUGCAUUUAUACAUACGAAUCAACAAAGCAGAUUUGUAAAAGUUUAAUAUAAGAUGUUUUGUGGUUAUCUUAAAAAACUGUUGUUUAGAAUUAGAACUUUACCAUUGAUGUUAUCGUUGUUGUCAAUGUUGUUACUAUUGUGAUGAAAUUUUAUGGUCGGCAGCAAAGCCGGUUUAUAGUUAAUAGUGCGACUUCAGGAAUAGAUUUCAGUUGUUGAGCUGCAGGUUAGUGGGGCAGAGCUUUGGGUUGGACAUUUGUUUUGUAGUAUUCUGGCUAAUGAUGAGAAGAAGUAGGCCCCAUGUCGGAUGAAUUCAUGCUUCCUCUGUAGGUUCUGAUGUGGGUGAAAUUUAGCUGCAGGUUUGAGGUAUUUUGUAGCACUCCGGCUGUUAAAACAGAUCUGCCGCUGUGUAUAUCGCUCAGCUGGUAUCGGUUGGUUUUGGUCAGGUAGAUGGAGACAAUCAGGGAUUGUAAUCAGAGUGAACCUAGAUUAAGGGAUUUGUUUAAAAAAACGGUUUGCGAUAAGCAAUGAGUUGAAUUUUUAGACUUAAAAAAAAAAAAAAGGUUUCUAUUACUCUGUGUGUAUUUGAAGUAUACCCAACUUAAAAGUCUCUGCUAUUUGACUGUGUUUGUUUCAUAUUUUUUUAUGCAUUUUUAACACUGGAUUAAAUUAAUUGACAAUAAGCAUAAGCACUGCCCUUGUGCCCCCCCCUGUACAAACACUUGUCAAACUGUUACCAUGAAAAUCAUAGUGUCAUCUGUGACGUGCUGUGGUUAUCGUUGCACAAGUGUGGCGCCCCUUGUGUUUUUUGCGAUCGGAUAAAGCUGUAGGACAGGACAGGAGAGUUUGGAGAAACAGUCGACGUGCACGCCUCAUCAGGAGGGGACAGCUCGGUGAAAACCCUUUUGUAAUAAACCACCCGUAAAGCAGCAGGUUUACUAUGAAUGAGUUUGAGCACCUGCCUGUUGUGGGCGUGGGCGUUGGCAUGGGCCAGGAACAGAGAAGCAGGAAACGAGGAGGGCUAGUUCGGGGGAUUGGGAGGGUGUUGUCCAGGCAUUGCAUGCAAUAAGUUUUACUCUUUUUUUUUUUUUUUUUUUUUUUUUUUUUUAAAGGGGGGGCAGAUCUGAUUUUAAAACGUGCACUAGUUUUACCAAGCCAAGUGGGCUGGGAUUAAAUAUUCAUCUGGCAUCUCUAAUGGGGAAUGAUUUAAUGUUUUUAAUAUCCUUAACUAUAUUUGAUCAUUAAACCUCCAGUCAGAAGAAUGAUCCCGUCCUGUUGGUAACAUGACAUUGCAAAGCAAUAUUAACCCAGUUCUAGUUUUCAAAUGUGGAAAAAAAACAAAGCUAUAAUUCUACUCAUUGUGGUUGUUGGUCUCUCGCUAUUGUGUAUCUGUACUUUUUUUUUUUUUAUUUUAAUUUUUUUAUUUGCUUGUAUCAAUCAGUGGGAAUGUGCAUUUGGUGGUAUAGUUAUGUAGGUUUUAGACAAUUUUCUUUUAAAGUAACAAAAUGUAGACUUUGCUCGCCUGCAUGCCAGAGUAUUGUCCUUUUUAAAAAAAAUAAAAAUAAAUUAAAAACUUUUUUUAAAUCAUAUUUAUUAUGAGAAAGGAAAAAAAUAUAAAUCUUUUUUUUUGGGGGGGGGAAUGUUUAUCAAUUUAGUGGGACUGUUUUAGGCUAGCAAUAUUUGUCCAGUCUCUCUAAGAUGCAUUUUAAAGAUUCCUACACAAAUGUCAGUAAUUUGGGAGGUACAAGCUGUGUUCUGAGGUGAGGGGACCCAGCUCUUUGCGUCGUGUUCAAAUUCAAACGAGGUACUUUCUUCAAACAUGGACCCGUUAAAGUCCGGACCCCUCUCCUCUUUGCCAGGUUACCAUUUUGUCUCCUCGUUCCUGGUUUGUACCUGUGGCCACGCCUCUUAGUAGGGGCUCUCCUGUCUCCAUGGCAACUCUGCUGACCUCUCACAAAUGCACUUCCUCUUUGUGAAGGGGUCCCCAUGGCAUCAAGGGAGCAGGAUUACCUCUUUUUAACCUUUUUAAAAAAAGAUCAUAAUUCUUUCUGUGCCCCGAUAGAGAGCAUGAAUUAUUUUUAAAUUCCUCUCACUUUGAUAUAUUGUUAUAUCUUAAAGGAUUUGUAAUUUGACAUUGUGUAUUGUGUAUUUUCAUUUUAUUUUGUUUUCCCUUUUUGGUUCCUUUUUUGGGGUUUGUUAUAGCUCUGCUCUGUUUUUUUUCUUUCUGCUAGUGGUCUCUGAAGCUGUGUGUGAUUGUCUUAUAGCAAUAGAAUCCUAGAAUUGGAACAUUCCAAUUCCGUGAAUGGAACGCUCCAAUUCUGUGAAUGAAUGGAACCCUUUCUGACCAGUUGUGAGAGGGCGGGGCAUGUUUUAGCUCCGCCCCAACAGCAGAGGGCCAUUCACUCGCUGUUAUUGCUAUUUUUGUGACCUGUUCAAAUAACUUUUUUUUUCUUUUCUUUUUUUUUUAGCCUGCAGGGAAUUAUUGUUAAUGUGCAAAGUAAUAAACUGGUAUUUUAUGCCUAUAA